GACAUUACGCAAAUGUUUUUGUGCUACAGCUGAGCAAACAGGAACCCUCCGGCACUUGGUGUCCUAUAAAGCGCGACGUUUCGCCCGGCCGAAAUUCAGUCGAAACGUGGAGAUGGCGAAUUGCAGAGGCGUCGUGCUUCUGUUCCUGGUCCUCGGCAGGUUCUGUGAAGGGGCUAGUCCCUCCGUGACGCCAGUGACAGGGCCUGUGGUGCACGGCGAAGGCCCCCACUGGGAUUCAGAAACCGGAGUUCUGUUCUUCGUCGACAUCGAAUCAAAACUCGUCAACAAGUACGACCCAUCUAGUGAGAGAGUAACGCAUGCGCAGUUCGCUGGAGGUGGGGUCAGUCUGGUGAUACCAGUCCAAGGAACGAAGACUCAGCAGUUGCUGACAACUCGUGGGCAUGAAGUGAUUGUGUUCAACUGGAACCAAGAAAAUGCAACCUUUGACGGUUCAGCGAACAGCAGGAACGUCUCAGUUAUUGCAACUGUGGAGACAAGUGCAGACAAAUCUGGAAACAGGUGGAAUGAUGGGAAAGCUGAUGCUAGAGGACGCCUGUGGGCAGGCACAAUGGGCCCUGAGCCCGUAGUUGGUUACGUCACUCCAGAUCAAGGCUCAUUCUAUCUCCUGCAAGCAGACAAUAAUCCUGUCACUGAAGUGUCGCCAGUGAGUAUUUCCAAUGGUCUGGCAUGGAACGACGACAACACUCUCAUGUACUUCAUCGAUACAGCGACUGGCCAGGUGGAUGUCUUUGACUUUGAUCUAGAACAAGCCACGAUUGCUAAGAGGAGAAAAGUUUUCAAUCUUGCAGAGAAUGGAGUUCCAGGUCACCCAGAUGGAAUGACUAUAGAUUCCAGAGGAAAUUUAUGGAUUGCUUGUUUUGAUGGCAGCCAGGUUAUCAAUGUGGAUCCUGAUUCUGGUGAGCUAAUACAGAGCGUGCACAUCCCAGCCAGCCGAGUCACGUCUGUGACUUUUGGGGGCCCCGAUAGGGAAAUUCUGUACGUCACUACUUCUCGACUGGGACUUACCGCCGAGGAACAAAAGCAGCAACCCUUGGCAGGCUCUGUGUUUGCUGUGUCUGGUCUAGGGGUGUCUGCCCUCGCACCUGCCAACAACGUCAUUCCUACCACCCGCAGCAAAUGAUAUUAUAAAUAGAGAAAAUUGUUUCACAUAGUUUCCUGUAUUUUCUGGUCAAAGCCAAAUCUGAUAAAUCUGAUUCAUCAUUGUUAUCAGUGGAACUUAAACAUGUAGUUGUAAAAGAGCCCCCUUGAUUUCAAUUAGAACGAAAAACAUUUAACAGCUCUCACAGUCGCAAAAUUUUCUACCAAGGGGAUUGAAAUACAUAGAUCCCAAAAUCAGUCCUUUCAAAGACAGUCUAAUUCAUUUGAGUUUAAACUAAAAAGUUGAUGCAACUUUCAUUACAAUCCAUACAAAUGUAUUCCUCCAGAUUUUAUAAAAUUAUUAUUGUCUUAACGAUCUUUCAGCAAAGUACUCAAAUUGUAUAUGGCCUAUUCAUUGUGUUUCAAAUUGUUACUUCUUCAUAUUCAUAAUCGUACUCACGUAAAAUAUUCAGUUACAAGAUUUAAUUGAUUCAGAAUUGUUAAAUGCCCCAUCCUACCCUACCAAAUAAUAACCCAGAUCUUGCUGAAACUCUUAUGCUCAUUUAAGGUACAAUAUUAUGCUUUCAAAGUUUUCCUAUGCAUGUUCUUUAUGAACACGGAAUUAAACAUUGAACUGUCUACAAUGAGUCCACAUGUCAGGUUAAGGGAAACAAAAUUAAUUCAAAGUAGACAACCAGCAGGACGACAUAUCUCAAUCUGACUACUCUCUCCUUUUUAUAACAUUCAAGACAAAGAUCUGACACCAACACGACAAGUGGGCAUUAAACAACUGUUUCUGUGUUUACAUUCAUAGUUGCUCAACCUGGUUCACACUCUCACAACCAUUUCAGUAACAUCCCCUCUUCUUCAAACUGCUUGUUAAUACGAUCUUUGCCAUCAGCUUUACAUAAUCUGUCUGUCCGUUAAACAGUACAACUGCUCGAUGUUGCUAAAUUAUGAACAUUAUUGCUAACAAAAAUUGUAAAACUGCACACGCAUAGCUGCAAAGACAUAUAACUUUAAACAGAGUAAUUCUUUGCUUCAUUCCUAAAAAAUUCUACACUUAACCUUACUGUGCUACAUAAUGACUGUGGUGCCCCACCCCCUCGCAAAGGGGAAAUUAAGAUUCGAGGUGGACUGCAAAUUAAUCCUUACAACAAGCAGUAAAAACUUUGACAAUUAAUAGUGGGAAUUACAUUUUAACUUUUACUUUGCAGUUAACAUCGUCCUCACAUCACUCUUCAGCAUUUUAAAUUUGCCUUUCUCCUUAUUUUUCAACAGUCAAUUGACUAUUAUUAAUGUAUAAAAUGUUUUAAUUUCCUGUAUUUUGCAACUCGUAAUGUAUUAAAUGCAGAAUUGGGAAAUGAGCACAUUUUAAGACAUAAUUAAAUGAAAGAUUAUAAGCACUCUAUUAUAAAACACCUAAACAUAAAAUAAACUGUUCUCUACAAGGAACAGAGCUAUGGAUUUCUGAAGAUUAGAUGACAAGAGGAGGCAAAAUGAAAUAGGUGAAGAAUCUGUUAUAAGCUUCACUUCAAAUUUUUCCUUUCAAUCUACUUUGCAUUUUGAAAAUAUAUAUAAGUAUUAAAUGCUGAA